AUGUCGACGACAGAAGAACUUGUCCUACUGGAUUUCUGGCCAUCGCCGUUUUCCUCAAGAGUGAAGAUCGCGUUGGCCGAGAAAGGGUUGACUUACGAGGCUCGGGAGGAAGACAUAUUCGGAGAAAAAAGCUCGUUGUUGUUGAAAUCAAACCCUAUUUACGAAAAGGUCCCCGUACUUCUCCACAAUGGCAAACCCGUCGUGGAAUCCUCCAACAUCGUCUACUACGUGGACGAGAAGUGGCCGUCGCCAUCUCCGUUGCUACCGGAUUGUGCUUACGGCCGCGCCCGUGCUAGGUUUUGGACGGACUUUAUCGACAAGAAGAUGUUCGAAGGUGGUAGUGCAAUAUGGAGAAGCAAAGGCGAGGAACUAGAACUAGCAAAGACACAGUUCAUCGACAUUCUCAAGAAGCUUGAAGGGGCGAUGGGCGACAAGGACUACUUUGGUGGCGAUAAGUUUGGGUAUGUCGAUGUUGUACUAAUUGGAUUAUCGUCUUGGUUUUUAGCCUAUGAAAAAUUUGGAGGGUUCAAGAUUGACAAUGAAAACCCUAAAAUUGGAGCUUGGAUAAAGAGAUGCUUGACAAGGGAAAGUGUGGCGAAAUCUCUUCCUGAUCCUCAACGAAUCUACGAGUUUGUGGGCGAGAUGAGGAAGAUGAAUGGAAUUGAAUGA